UUUUAAAAGUACAAUUUAAAGGAACUGUGUAAUUUAAUACGUUCAAAAUUCGUGUGUCUACCUAUAUUUUGAAAAUGAUUUUUAAAAAUCAGAACCUUAAAAAGAAUAUGUAAAAUUGAUAGUUGUGUUGAAUUUAGUUGUUCUUAUAACAUAUCUAGUACAAAAUGUUGGCGGUAACAAAUUAAUUCCUACGCUUGGCUUGGAUGUUUUAUUUCACUUGAAAUUAAAAUUAAAGAUUCAUGAUUAUUACAUACAUAAUUAUCCUAAUUAAAAAUACAACCAAUACACAACUUUAAAUUUAUUUGGUAUUAUAAAAUGGAAUAUAGAAGUACAACUAAGCGUUUAAGUAGAUCAACCAGCAGUGGUAGUUUGAAAAAUAUGAAAAGGAAGAAUAGCCCAAAUAUAACUUUCAAUAACACCAAAAAAAACUCAAGCAAAUCUACGAAUUUUGAUCUAGCUAAAUUUUUUAAUACAUCUGUUGAAAAAAAUAUAACUCAUAAAUCUAACGCCUUAUUCUGUGCGCCCGCAACAGAACAAGAUCAAAAAAUUGACGUAAGUUUUAAUGCAACAAGCUCUUCCAGUUCUGGAACUACAGAUGGCAAAAGUAAUAUUAAAUCAAAUGAAUUGGUCCUUGACGCAACAAGUAUAACAAGUUCGGAAACACCUAUUCAUAAUAUGAAUGAACCGUACAAUUAUAUUAGCAAUAUAAAAUUAAGUUCAAGUUCGUCUAGUCAAUUAGUCAAAAACAAGGAACACUAUAGCAAAAAUAAACUUAGUAACUCACAAGAAAUCUUUACAAAAUUGAAUUCUUGUGACAAAAAUCAAAGGAAGAAAAGGCGUUCAAGUUUAAAUGAAGAGGAUUUUUCUGAUGCACCUGCACCAAAACGAAUGCAAAUGAUGGAUUCUUUAAGUUCUUUUAAUGUGUUUGUUCCAGUUGCAUCGACUUCGUUUGGAGGAGUAUUACGUUCAAGAACUCCAAAUUCAUACAGAAAUAGAGAAGUAUGUUCCUUGUCUAGCUCAGUUGAAUCAUCGUCUCUCAAUUCUUCGCCAUCACCGAUAGCUGUUAAUGAAAUCGGUGAGUUUAUAGAACAAGAAAUGGACGCUGCCAGUUCUUCUUCCUGCUUAUCUACUGGAGUCGAAUUCGAUUUUGUACCAAGUUCAGAUGAAUCAACUUUAGUAUUGGAGUCUUCAACAAGCAAUUCUCGAGAUUAUGAAAAAUUGCAAGAAAGUAUUGGAAAAAUAAAUGAAUAUCACGCCACACCCCAUAAGAAUCGAGCUCUAACACCAUCCCUCGACAUGCGACCAUGUCCUUUACCAGCUUUAUCAUGGGCAAAUGCUUCAGAUGUUUGGAACGCGAUGUGCAAAACCGAUGAGAAAGCUGCUUCAGAAAGAACGUCUUCAAUGAUGAGUAAUCAUUUUGGAUUACAACCGCGUAUGAGGGCAAUAUUAUUGGAUUGGCUUAUAGAAGUUUGUGAAGUCUAUAAGCUUCACAGAGAAACCUAUUAUUUAGCGGUAGAUUAUUUGGAUCGCUAUUUAUCAACUCAAAAAAACAUUCAAAAGACUCAUCUUCAGUUAAUUGGAAUAACGUGUUUAUUUGUUGCAGCUAAAGUGGAAGAAAUUUAUCCACCAAAGAUUGGGGAGUUCGCCUAUGUAACUGAUGGAGCUUGUCAAGAGGAAGAUAUUUUACAACAUGAACUAUUACUGCUAUCAGCGUUAGAUUGGAAAAUCACUCCUGUUACUAUAAUGGGCUGGUUAGGUAUUUAUAUGCAAUUAAAUAUUACCAACAAAUCAGGUUCUGCGUUUUUGAAAAGCACGUGUCAAGGAAGCACAAAAGAUGCAUCUGUACUAAGCUCCAAAAUUCUUAAUAAAAAUAAUUGUAAUUAUUUAAAAAGGUGCCAGGAUAAAAAUAUUUCAUGUUUAAAGGAAAAUAAUAGUUUCAAUUUUAAUAACAACACUUAUUUUAACCUGUCAAAGGAAUCAGCGUGUAAAAGCGGAAAUAGUGGUAGUGAUAGUGCUCAUUCCUCAAACUUAGGUAGUUUAUUUGGUAAUGACAGUGGAAUUUCGGUUUGUUCAGGAGAGAUUGAUGAUUCCUUUAUUUAUCCACAAUUUUCUGGAUACGAAUUUUCUCAAACAGCUCAAUUGAUUGAUUUGUGUACCUUAGAUUUAGAAAUAGCCAAUUUUCCUUAUUCCAUUAUUGCUGCUACUGCUAUAAGUCAUACGUUCGGGAAAGAGACUGCUGUGCGUGUUUCCGGUUAUGAUUGGGAUUCACUAGUCGGUUGUUUUAAAUGGAUGCAACCUUUUUUUGACAUAAUAAAAGAUGAAGCCCAAUUUUUCUUCUUGCCUGAACAAAAUGAACAAGUUCAAUCUAAACAAGGUUUGGGCCAUUUUUGUCCAAAAAUUGUUACUGAUGAUUCACAUAUGGUACAAACACACACAACAUCUAUUACAAUGUUGGAAAAAGCCUUUUUACGUCGGGAACAGCUAUCCAAUGCAUAUGCUAUGCAUCAACCUGAAGCAUCACCAGCUGUCAAAAAUUCAAGGCAUUUGUGUCCAGAAGGUUUAUUAACCCCCCCUGCAUCCAGUCGAAAACCAGUUAAUAAUAACGAAGGUGAGUCAAGUGCGCAAAGAAUAAAUUAAGAUACAUUUGUUAGAAAAUAAAAAUAAUUUUUUAAAAUACGCUUAUUCAAAUUAUUAAAGUAGUGAUUAGGUUAUCAAUAAGUUAAUGCAAAAAUUAAGAUAGUCUUAAAAUAUGUAAAACUAGAUAACAAAAUUGUAAGCAUAAAUACAUAUUAUGUACAUAUAAAAUUUGAAUAAAAAUUUAAAUAGAGAUAUGUAUUAGCAAACAAUAUAUGAAUGUAUGUAUGUAUAACCGAAGCAUUUAAUUAUGUUUUUCUUUUUCAAUAUUCUUCAAUCACAUAUAUGUAUAUGUAUGUAAAUUUUAUUUGGCCAUAGUCAUUAACGUAUAAUAAAUAAAGUUAAAAAUUGUGUAAUAUUCAAAAAUAAUCAAGCAAAGAAAUAUGAUAAAUUUCAAAAAUUGCUAAACAAAUCUAUUUAAAUCUAUUUUUUGUCUCAUAUAGCAUAAUGUCAAAGAA